AGGACAUUGCUUUUGGACAACGCAGUCCGUGACGCCAAGUCAGAUACGAUGAAGCGCGACGAUGCGAUCGCGUACUUUCAAGGGCGCUUGGAGAAGAACCCGAUGGACGAAGACGCCCUGCACAACCUCUCGGUCCUCUACAAGUCCAAGGGCGACAUGGAGCAGUAUGGGCGCGUCGCACGCAUGGCGGUGCUCACGAAACGCGGUGGACCUGCCCACUACAACGAGCUCGGACUGGCCUUGAUGCAGGCUGGCAAGCUCGAGGAUGCGUACGAGCAGCUUCAAAAUGCAGUCGCACUGCAGGCAUCGUUUGGGCCAGCGCACAUCAACUUGAGUGCGGUCAAAGCAAAGCGCGGCGAGUACAAGGAGGCGAUUCGUCAUUGCGAGGACGCGCUCAAGUACCUUCCGAACGACGCAUCCGUGCAUCGCAACAUGGCCAAACUCCUCGACGCGGUCGGGCGCACGUCCGAGUCCCUAUCACACAACCAAGCCGCCUUGCGCCUUGCCCCGACUGACGCAUCGGUGGCUCGACAGAUUGCCCUCCAAAGCGUGAGCCGACAGCUCCCAACGCAGGCCCAUGCUGCGUACGACACGUACCGCCGCCUCACGGGCCAGCACUACGACCUCAACCUCUAGUAAUCGCAAUAUAGACAACAUGUACAUGUUUCAAAAAAA